CCCAGAUGGGCAAAAGUUCACACUAACACCUCCAAAGACCUGCGGCCCAUGUGACGGGGGAGCUCUAAUGGAGAGCCCAAGGGGCCCAAGAAGGCCUCUGGCAGAUAAGGGGGUCCAGUCACUGGACAGGUGGCAGGUCCCAAGGAAGGACACUCAGACCUCCAAUGGCCAGUGCCUCUCCCGGCCCACCUACAGGAGGGUGCUUCGCCGGACGGCCAGCGAUGGGGCCAGUUGUUCUCGGAGCCCAUCUCACUUUGCGGAGGCUCAGGGCACUGUAGCCGCAGCCCUUUCUCUAGAGGACACAAGGGAAUUUCUCCCCAGUGAGCAGAGGCCCCCAGAAGACCCCAAGAAAGACAAGGUACCCAAGCAGGCUCAGCAGAGCUGGCUGAAAGUUGUGUUGAACUUCUUACUCCUGAGGACGGGCCUGGAAGAGCCCAGAGAGAAGGCCAGCAGGAAGUCAAAGGGGAAAGAGGAGCCCACUGAGGUCACGGAGGCAGCUGAGGAGCCAGCUCCCAGGAAGAAAGCCCAGGAAAAGAAGACCAGCCGUAAGAAACACAACCACAGGAAACCGGGUGCUGAAGAACCCAAGAGAACCCAGGACCCAGAUGCAAAAGACCAAGAGGAUUUGCUGCCUAGCUUGACUGCUGCCUUGCAAGCUGAGGAGGUGGACCUGGAGCCAGCUCGUAGGGAACCUGGGUUCUCACUUGCUCUUGUCUGUGUUCCAGGAGGACUAGAUUCUGAUUUCCUGCAGUCCUUACCCAUGGAAAGAUGUUGCGCUGGAAUCUCAGACAGCUCUCCAGGUCUCUCAUCAGAAGACAUACUUCAAAAGCCUGACCAGGAGGAGGUCAUCCGGAGGAUAGUGGAAUUGCUCAAGAAAGCAGGAGACCAAUGGGAAGAAGAGGAAGUGCAAAUUCCUCAGCCAGAAGAGGCUGUGCAAAACCCAGCACCACCCGCCAGAAAGAAAUCCCAGGAGAAGAAGCCCAGCCUCAAGAAGCUCUCCCUCAAGAAGCCGGCCUCGGAGGAGCCCGGGAGAGCGGGUGCAGACGUUGCCCUCAGCCCAGAGCCCCGGCCUAGGAGGCCUGGCUUCCUACCCCUCUGUGUUAGUAGCCACUGGACCUCCACCUCCAGCAGCCAUGACUUGGAAGAACCCAGAGUCCACGAGGCCCUGUCUACAGACGGUGGGGUCUCACACCCCUCUGAGCUUCCCACCCCAGCCGGAUUCCAAGGUCCCCCAGAAGAGCUGCUGCUGGACAAAGCCUCGGAAUCCAGAGAAUUCAGGCGGAAGAUCCUGGUCCUACUCCAAAAUUCAGGGGAACAGAAAGAAGAACGGCAGCAACCUCAAGUCCAGGAGGCUGUUGAAAAACUGACUCCAGCUUGCAAGAAGAAGAAGCCCAACCUCAGGAGGGCCUUUUCUCACAAGAAACACAGCUCCAAGGAGUCCAAGAAAACAGAGGCUGCUGGGCUCUCAGGGGCCGCCAGCUCUGAGGCCCGGCCACCCAAGAGGCACGGCUUUUUGCCCAUGUGUGUUGGUGGCCACCGGGCCUCCGUCUCCAGCGGCUCAGAAAGCCUGGAGUUCCAGGAGCCACAGGCUGCAGGAGGCAGACCAGCUGGGCUCUCAGAAGCACAGCCCCAGUCCAGAAGUCACACGCUGGACGAGGGGCCUCCACUGGAGGGAGACUGUGAAUCUAAGGAAUUCAUCAUCCACAGCCUGGUGGCACUUCUUCAAGAGGUGGAUGGCGAGUUGGGGAGUCAGAUCCAAAGGCGCCCCAGCUUUAAGAAGUUUUUUUAUCAGUUCUCAGACACCUCCCUCAGGAAGCUGGUGGCCACCCUCCACAGCCAGAGGGCCUGCCUCUUAGCGGAAGACAGGAGCCUCGCCAGCAGACCCUCACCCUGUGCUUUUGGCUCACUCAACAAAUUUGCCGCCAACCACAGCUGCGCCAUCUGCACCCUCAUGCAGUCCAGAGGGAACUACAGGGGGCACAGUUACGCCCAUUUUCUGUCCAGGAAGGCCCAGCAGAACAUUAUGAGUCUGGAUGGUCAGAGUCCAGACUGAAGGCUGCAUCUUGCUCUUGGGUUGUCCCGGACCAGCCAACAGUCAGUAGCUUUUUAGCCAGAAGAUCCUGAAGAUGUAGGACAGACCAGUUCUGUGCUUCCUGAACAAGUCUGAUGACACGGGUGGACAACGGUUCUCUGCGUACUCAGCAUUGUCUGAAAUCACCUUCUUUCCUGAGGCUGGACCUGGAGGCUGGGUUGGACCAUGAAAAGGGCUGACUGAUAUCUUGCCAGAGUCAACUUUAAAUGAGUCUUAGUUGUUCUGUGUGUGUGUGUGUGUGUGUGUGUGUGUGUGUGUGUGUGUGUAUCCACGUA